AUGGAUGAGUUCUCGGACGACGGCUUCGAGGACCUGAACGACACGGCGCUGCAGGAGCUCGAAAACAACGCCGUGCAGUUCACGCAGGCCCAGAAGGCGCAUUCGCAAGCCGCGCCGCCGACGCAGCACAAUGCAUUUGACUACGAGUUCGAGGACGACGACCUCGAUGAUACCGUCGUGAUUGAUGAGCUCGCCCAACCGCCGCCCCGCCCGGCGCCACCACAGCCUCAGCCGGUCCAGCAGCCCCGCCACGGCACCGCUUCCACCGGGACGCAGCGAUGGAACCAGCACCUGCCCCCCCCCAGGCCGUCCUACCUCGCGCAACCGCAGUAUCCGGCGCCGUCACGGCCCACCCAACCGCCUCUGCCCUCUCAGCGGUAUCCCGCCAGGCCGCAGCCGCCGCCCCGGCAGUCGCAGUUCGCCCGCCCUCCUCCGCCAGUAACCCGUCCCUUUGCCGCCCCGGCGUCACAGGCGCUCCAUGGCACCGGGCCGGCAAACCAGAAUGAGAUCAUCGCGGCACUCCAAGCACGCCUGUCGGAGCUGGAGUCGGACCUCACGGCCGCCAAGGGGGAAGCCUCCAUCUUGCGGUCCAAGUAUGACAAGGUCCGGGUCACGCACGAGGCCGAUGUGGCACGCCUGAAGAAAGAGAACGCCGAGCAGCUCGCCAAGCAAGAGCGCGUCAUCGAGCAGAUCAAGGCCGCCGAGCGCACCACCGCCACCGAACUGCAGUUUGCCCGCCAGGACCUUAGAGAGGAGCUGGGCCGGGUUAAGUCCAGACGGAAGGACGGUCCCGGAACCCCGAGGAAGGACCGGACAUGGAGCAUAGGUGAUGGGUUCGAUGGCGUUGAGGUCCUGUCCAGCCCCAGCAAGGGGCAGACCUUGAGGAGGAAAGACUCUGCGCCCGCCGUGCUCUCUCCUGCGGAGCGCACGCCCACCAAGGGGAAGAGGAAGCGCCCGAUCGUCGACAGCCCGACCUUCGCGCUGGAGAUAGACGGGGGGGACGCGCCCUUCGGCGAUGGACACGCGGCCAGCACCACGCCCCGCCCUGCCUCUGUGAAGGCGAUUUCCCUGCCGUUUGAUUUCCUGCGGCUCUUCCUCGACCACGCUACAAGUUGCGGACAGCCGCCCACGUUCGACGUGUUCUCGCACUACACGUUCCCGUCAGACCCGAAACAAUCCCUUGCAUCGCUCAUCUUUCAGAAACUCCCCCAGAUGGGGAUCCCCGGAGACCCACUAAGUCUCCUGGUAGAGUUCGGGGAUCUCCUGAUCGAAAUGUGGCACCAGUGUCUGUCCGAGAGGUACUAUGGGCCCAUCUACUAUCUCGCCGCGUUGCUGUCGUACACGCUGCAUCUCAACACGGUUGCCGUUGCCCCGCAGAUCAUCUCGUCUCUCAUUCCCGUCUGUGCGACGACCUGCCGCCUCGUGGCAGUGCCCCGCCUCCACAGCGCCGAUGGGGACCUGUCCGAACACCCCGACGCUGUCAUACGACAGCUAUGUCAAAACAUCGAUGUCACCCACUGUCUCUCGCUGCUCUACCUCGCCGCCCUGGGAUGUAUAACGCCGGCAUUUCACGACGCAGACGGCGACUCGCCACAGCCCUCUGCGCAGCUCGACUUCUGGAGGGCCAUGGAAUUCGACUUCGUCCUGAUGAUGCUCUCGCCCAAGCAUCCGGAGACUGACUGGCUCACCAUGAUGUCGUUGCUGCGCACAUCUGCGUCGCCUGAUAGCAUUGGACCCAUCCCGUCCGCCACGAACCCCUCGACAGGCCGCGGGGAGGUGAGGAGUCCCGAGACAGUUGCUGCCACGAUCAUCGAUUGCGUCUCGUCGUUUCUCUGCGAGUCACCGCGGUGGGCAGCGCCAGGCUCAGAAAAGGAGCUGCUCGCGAAGUCGGCCGCGUUGGGGACGCUGAUUGUCUUCGCCACAAGCCCCUUUGGCGCGCUGCAGAUCGCCGAGAGCGAUGUCGCCAUCCCCCACCUUGUCACCGUGCUAUGCUGGGCGAUCGAUCGGCUGUAUGACUCGGACCUGCCCCCGACGCAGCCAGCGGCGGACAAAUUGCGGAAAGAACCCAGCGAAGCAUCCCAGACCGUGAACGGAGACGAGAUGGGCCUGGAUCAGGGGGAUCCGAACACAGUGGAUGGUGUGGAUGAUAAGGCGGCUGCGGUUGCUGAAGGGGACUUGAAUGAUGCAGAACUUGAGGCCAUGGCCGCCCUCUGCCGUAUCGUCUCGCAUGCCACAUGGCUUCUGCACUUCCUGGUCACGGACCCGCAGACCGCAGACGUGGCGAACACGUCGACCAAGCUGGCGGCCUCAUACGGCGGGUCGCAGCGGUAUUUCCUCGCGCUGGCGAGGCUGAACUUUGCCGAGGAGGACUUGGUGCUGGAGGCCGGCAUCGACGCCGAGACGGUCGAGCUUGCGCACGAGCUGCUCGAGCUGGCGGUUACCCCUGACGAGGGGGAAGAGAUUGGCGAGAUGUUUGACUGA